UAGUCACAGCUGUGUUUACUAGUGAGAAAGAUGACAAGAGCUGACAGGAGAAAGAGAGUGACUGUUUGCUAUUGAGUUUGGUGCUUCCUGUGCAAGAAGCCAUGGGGGUUCUCUUAAGAUGGCUGCUGUUUUCUCUGCUAGUUGUUGCAUACAGUGUUGGAUCAACGGAGAAACCUGAAGGUGAGGAAGUGCUGCUUGCUCAUUAUCUACCAGAGUUAAGCAGCUACGUUGGAAAAAAUUUUUCAUGGAGCACUUGGCCACGUUAUCCUGAUGAUUUGAACUUGAAUGGGGUGCCCCUGAAGCAGCAUGAGCAGGCCCCCCACGUGUCCCCCGAGCUUCCCAGCUACGUGUCCCCCCAGCUUCCCAGCUACGUGUCCCCCCAGCAGCCUAGCUUGUCCCCCCAGCAGUCCAGUUACGUGUCCCUGAAGGAGCCCCAGCAGCCCGGCUACGUGGCCCCGAAACAGCCCAGUUAUGUGUCCCCCCAGGAGCCUCAGCUUCCCAGCUACAUGUCCCCCCAGCAGCCCAGUUACGUGUCCCUGAAGGAGCCCGAGCAGCCCAGCUACGUGUCCCCCCAGCAGCCCAGCUACGUGUCCAGCCAGGAGCCCCAGCAGGCCAGCUACGUGUCCCUGAAGCAGCCCAGCUACGUGUCCAGCCAAGAGUCCCACCAGCCCGGCUACGUGUCCCCCCACAAGCCCAGCUACGUGUCCCCCCAGGAGCCCCAGCAGGCCAGCUACGUAUCCCCAAAGCAGCCCAGCUACAUGUCCCCCCACCAGCCCAGCUACGUGUCCAGCCAGAAGCCCCAGCAGCCCGGCUACGUGUCCCCCCAGGAGCCCAGCUACGUGUCCCCCCAGGAGCCCCAGCAGGCCAGCUACGUGUCCCCCCAGCAGUCCCAGGAGCCUCAGCAGCCCAGCUACAUGUCCCUGAAGGAGCCUCAGCAGCCCAGCUACGUGUCCCCUCAGCAGCCUAGCUUGUCCCCCCAGCUACCCAGCGACGUGUCCCCCCAGCAGCCCGGCUACGUGUCCCCGAAGCAGCCCCAGGAGCCCCAGGAGCCCCAGCAGCCCAGCUACGUGUCCCCCGAGGAGCCUCAGCUUCCCAGCUAUAUGUCCCCCCAGCAGGCUAGCUUGUCUCCCCAGCAGCCCAGCUACGUGUCUCCCCAGCAGCCCGGCUACGUGUCCCCCCAGGAGCCCCAGCAGUCCAGCUACGUGUCCCCCCAGCUUCCAAGCUACAUGGCCCCGAAACAGCCCCAGGAUGUGGCCCCAAAGCAGCCCCAGGAGCCUCAGCAGCCCAGCUACGUGUCCCCCCAGCAGCCUAGCUUGUCCCCCCAGCUGCCCAGCUACGUGUCCCCCCAGGAGCCCGGCUAUGUGUCCCUGAAGCAGUCCCUGAAGGAGCCCCAGCAGCCCAGCUACGUGUCCCCUCAGCAGCCUAGCUUGUCCCCCCAGCAGCCCAGCUACGUGUCCCCCCAGCAGCCCAGCUACGUGUCCAGCCAGGAGCCCCAGCAGGCCAGCUACGUGUCCCUGAAGCAGCCCAGCUACGUGUCCAGCCAAGAGUCCCACCAGCCCGGCUACGUGUCCCCCCACAAGCCCAGCUACGUGUCCCCCCAGGAGCCCCAGCAGGCCAGCUACGUAUCCCCAAAGCAGCCCAGCUACAUGUCCCCCCACCAGCCCAGCUACGUGUCCAGCCAGGAGCCCCAGCAGGCCAGCUACGUGUCCCCCCAGCAGUCCCAGGAGCCCCAGCAGCCCAGCUACAUGUCCCUGAAGGAGCCUCAGCAGCCCAGCUACGUGUCCCCUCAGCAGCCUAGCUUGUCCCCCCAGCUACCCGGCUACGUGUCCCCCCAGCAGCCCGGCUAUGUGUCCCCGAAGCAGCCCCAGGAGCCCCAGGAGCCCCAGCAGCCCAGCUACGUGUCCCCCGAGGAGCCUCAGCUUCCCAGCUAUAUGUCCCCCCAGCAGGCUAGCUUGUCUCCCCAGGAGCCCAGCUACGUGUCUCCCCAGCAGCCCGGCUACGUGUCCCCCCAGGAGCCCCAGCAGUCCAGCUACGUGUCCCCCCAGCUUCCAAGCUACAUGGCCCCGAAACAGCCCCAGGAUGUGGCCCCAAAGCAGCCCCAGGAGCCUCAGCAGCCCAGCUACGUGUCCCCCCAGCAGCCUAGCUUGUCCCCCCAGCUGCCCAGCUACGUGUCCCCCCAGGAGCCCGGCUAUGUGUCCCCGAAGCAGUCCCAGGAGCCCCAGCAGCCCAGCUACGUGUCCCCGAAGCAGCCUAGCUUGUCCCCCCAGCAGCCCGGCUACGUGUCCCCGAAGCAGCCCCAGCUACCCAGCUACGUGUCCCCCCAGCAGCCCGGCUACGUGUCCCCGAAGCAGCCCCAGGAGCCCCAGCAUGCCCCGCUAGACCGUGUGUCCCGAGCACCCCAGGAGCCCCAGCAGCCCCACGGCCCCAGGACCCCCCAGGAUGUGUCCCCGAAGCAGUCCCAGGAGCCCCAGCAGCCCAGCUACGUGUCCCCUCAGCAGCCUAGCUUGUCCCCCCAGCAGCCCAGCUACGUGUCCCCUCAGCAGCCUAGCUUGUCCCCCCAGCAGCCCAGCUACAUGUCCCCAAAGCAGCCCCAGCUACCCGGCUACGUGUCCCCCCAGCAGCCCGGCUACGUGUCCCCGAAGCAGCCCCAGGAGCCCCAGCAGCCCGGCUACGUGUCCCCCCAGGAGCCCCAGCAGUCCGGCUACGUGUCCCCCCAGCUUCCAAGCUACAUGGCCCCGAAACAGCCCCAGGAUGUGGCCCCAAAGCAGCCCCAGGAGACCCAGCAGCCCAGCUACGUGUCCCCAAAGGAGCCCCAGCUUCCAAGCUUUGUGUCCCCCCAGCUUCCAAGCUUUGUGUCCCCCCAGCAGCCCAGCUUCGUGUCACCCCAGCAGCCAAGCUACGUGUCCUCGAAGAAGCCCCAGCAGCCCAGCUACGUGUCCCCCCAGCAGUCCCAGGAGCCCCAGCAGCCCAGCUACAUGUCCCUGAAGGAGCCCCAGCAGCCCAGCUUGUUCACCCGGCUGCCCAGCUACGUGUCCCCGAAGCAGCCCCAGGAGCCCCAGAUUCCCAGCUACGUGUCCCCUCAGCAGGCCAGCUACGUGUCUCUCAAGGAGCCCCAGCAGGCCAGCUACAUGUCCCCCCAGCUUCCAAGCUAUGUGGCCCCAAAGCAGCCCCAGGAGACCCAGCAGCCCAGCUACGUGCCCCCCAAGCAGCCCAGCUACGUGCCCCCCCAGCUUCAAAGCUACGUUUCCCCCCAGCAGCCCCAGCAGCCCAGCUACAUGUCCCAAAAGGAGGAGCCCCAGCAGCCUAGCUACAUGUCCCCCCAGCUUCCAAGCUACGUGGCCCCGAAACAGCCCCAGCAGUCUAGCCUGUCCCCCCAGCAGGCCAGCUAUGUGGCCCUGAAGCAGCUCCAGGAGACCCAGCAGCCCAGGUACGCGUCCCGCCAGCAGCCCAGGUACAUGUCCCCGAAGCAGCCCCAGGAGUCCCAACAGGCCAGCUAUGUGUCCCCCCAGGAGCCCCAGCUUCCCAGCUACGUGUCCCCUCGGGAGCCCAGCUAUUGGCCCCAGGCCAAGAAGCUCCAGCAACCUAGCUUUGUACCCGAGUGGCCACAUAUGCCCAACUAUGCAGCCAAACCACUUAAGCAACCCAGAUUUAGGACCCAGGCAGGUGCCUAUUUUGCCGAGCAGCCUAGGUUUUUGCCCAGGACGCCACGCUAUCAUCUCAAGAAGCUGCAGAUCAGUCGCCACCCUCAGCGCCUCCGAAUUUGA